CCUUUUGCUCUGUCAGGCUCCUCCUUCCCUCCGGCUCCGUCUCAUUCCUCUGUCGCUCUGGCUCCACCGCGGUCUUCUGGAUCCCUGUCUCCGCCUCGGUCGCUGGCACCAUCUGCUUUCUCUGUCUAGAGGUUACCUGUAUGUUGUUCUGGUUCUCUGCAGUUAUCGCCCGAAGCGGAGUGUUUCCUGUUAAUCGUUUUCAGUAUGGCGCCCCCAUCAGGCAUGACUCAGAGUAACGGCGAGACUCGUCUGCAGCUGCGGGAUGGCUUCAGAGAGCGCUCACAGCGGGUGCGCAACAACGUACAGAACAUCACCUUUGAUGACGUCAAAGGCUUCUUCAGGCGGAAUGCAAUCCCCAUCCUCACAGUCCUUGCUGUCAUCAUUGGUAUAGUUCUGGGGUUCGGACUGCGGCCAUAUAAAAUGUCCUAUCGAGAGGUGAAAUACUUCUCCUUUCCUGGAGAGCUGCUGAUGAGAAUGCUGCAGAUGCUGGUGCUCCCCCUGCUGGUGUCCAGUUUAAUCACAGGUAUGGCCGCUCUGGACAGUCAUACUUCAGGGAAGAUGGGUGUGAGAGCUGUAGUUUACUACACCACCACCACGAUCAUCGCUGUGAUCAUCGGGAUCAUCAUGGUGCUCAUCAUGCACCCAGGAAGAGGCUCUAGAGACGAAUUCACCAAACAGCAGAAGAUAGAACAAAUCAGCCCAGUAGAUGCCUUCCUCGAUCUCAUCAGAAACAUGUUUCCUCCUAAUUUAGUGCAAGCUUGUACUCAACAGUUUAAAACGCAGUAUGCCAAGCGAGUGGUCACAGUUAAAGUUCUGGUGAACGAGACAUUUUUCAGUUUGAGUAAUGGCUCACAGGAACUCAAACGUGAAGAGGUGAUACCAGUGCUGGGACCAGUUAAUGGGAUCAACGCGCUUGGACUGGUGUUCUUCUCUAUGUGCUUUGGCUUCAUCAUUGGGAAUAUGAAGGAACGGGGGCAACCGCUACGGGACUUCUUUGACUGUAUAAAUGAGGCCAUCAUGAGGCUUGUUGCCAUUAUCAUGUGGUACGCUCCUCUGGGCAUACUGUUCCUGAUCGCAGGAAAGAUAGUUGAGAUGGAUGACAUAUCAGAAAUGGGAGGCCAGUUGGGCAUGUACACCAUCACAGUAUUCAUUGGCCUACUGAUACAUGCAGUCAUCAUACUGCCUUUGCUUUACUUCCUUGUGACACGUAAAAAUCCAUUUGUGUUCAUCGCUGGACUUCUGCAAGCCCUUGUCACUGCACUCGGUACCUCCUCCAGCUCUGCCACUCUGCCCAUCACCUUUAAGUGUCUAGAGGAGAAUAACCAUGUGGAUAAACGUGUAACCCGUUUUGUGCUGCCUGUUGGAGCCACCAUAAACAUGGAUGGCACCGCUCUGUACGAGGCUCUGGCUGCCAUCUUCAUUGCACAAGUCAAUAACAUGGAUUUGAACUUUGGACAGAUUCUAACCAUCAGCAUCACAGCAACAGCAGCCAGCAUUGGUGCAGCUGGAAUCCCUCAGGCUGGCCUUGUUACCAUGGUGAUAGUGCUGACCUCUGUAGGACUGCCCACUGAUGACAUCAGUCUAAUUAUCGCAGUUGAUUGGUUACUAGAUCGGCUGCGCACCACCACGAAUGUUUUGGGCGACUCCAUUGGUGCUGGCAUUGUGGAGCACCUGUCACGUCACGAGCUGUGCACUGUGGACACCGAGAUCGGAAACUCUGUCAUGGAGGAGGAAGAGACCAAGUCCUACAAGCUUGUCUCUCAGAAGAGCGAGUGCGGGAAUGCCAAGAUCCCUGACAGUGAGACCGAUAUGUAACUGCCUGUUUCCUGAGGAAAAUCUGGAGUUUUUGUGCAAACAUUAAUGUCUAUUCAUCUCAAGUCUUUUUAUAUGCCUUUUGAAGACAUCCAAAAGUGCGAGCAGAGAUGGACAUGUGUGGUCCUCUUUGAAAUGUUUCAUUGUAGAGUAAAUGGAGUCAAUUUGAUUACAUUGUACAUAUUUUUAUUAAUUUUCUAGAUGCAUGUUUGUCUUUGUUAAUUCAAGAGAAAAACUCAAUGUCAUUAUGCAAAAAAGAUAUGUUCACAGUGAUGCUUCCGCUUGGGCCGGAAAAACUUUUUUUUUAAAAGAAGAAGUAUUUUCAAACUGGUUGUUAUGAAACACUUGGGAAGUUUGCCAGCUUAAGUCGGAAAGUGAGGCUGCGAGUCCAGAAACAACCGUAUAUUGUGAUUUUUCCAUGCUACACAACUUUAUCAGUGAAAAUAAGUUGGAAAGUCACUCAGACUGCAUGAGUUGUUUUUGAAAAACGGAUGUAAUUAUCUUAUUUUAAGCCUUUAUAAAUUACUGUCGCUUUGUACAAAAUAAAGAAAUCU